CUCGGCCUUCGCUCUCUCUCUGUCCCUCUCUACCCCCCGCACACCCCUCCCCGGUUCCAGCGCCGGCUUUAGCUCACGCUCCUCCUCCAGCUCUCCUCCCCCCACCCCACCUCCCCAGCCCGCCGCGGCCCGGUAAUCAACCGUGUUGUCCCGCCAAGGGAACCUCGAGUGGCCUCGUGCUCCCGGAGCGGCCGUGGCGUUCCCGGCGCUAGCCAUGGAGAUGGAUCAAGUGACUGCGUUGUGCGAGGAGCUGGUGAAAGCAGUGACGGUCAUGAUGGACCCGAGCUCCACCCAACGCUACCGGCUGGAAGCCCUCAAGUUUUGUGAAGAAUUUAAAGAAAAGUGCCCUAUCUGUGUCCCCUGUGGCUUGAGAUUGGCUGAGAAAACCCAGAUUGCCAUCAUCAGACAUUUUGGUCUUCAGAUCCUGGAACACGUUGUCAAGUUUCGGUGGAACACCAUGUCUCGCUUGGAGAAGGUUUAUCUGAAGAACAGUGUAAUGGAGCUGAUGGCAGAUGGAACAUUGAACAUUUUGGAAGAGGAGAACCACAUUAAAGAUGUAAUGUCACGAAUUGUGGUAGAGAUGAUCAAGCGAGAGUGGCCACAGCACUGGCCCGACAUGCUGAUGGAACUGGACACUCUGUCUAGGCAAGGGGAAACACAGACAGAAUUGGUGAUGUUCAUCCUUUUACGACUAGCCGAGGAUGUAGUAACCUUUCAGACACUUCCCCCUCAAAGAAGAAGAGAUAUUCAGCAAACGUUAACCCAAAACAUGGAAAGGAUCUUCAGUUUUCUACUUACCACACUUCAGGAAAAUGUAAACAAGUACCAGCAAGUGAAAGCUGAUGCUUCUCAGGAGUCAAAGGCUCAAGCAUACUGUCGAGUAAGCAUCGCAGCCCUGAAUACUCUAGCAGGCUAUAUCGACUGGGUAUCAAUGACCCACAUCACAGCUGAGAACUGUAAACUGCUGGAGAUGCUGUGCCUGCUUCUGAGUGAACAGGAACUACAGUUGGGAGCAGCUGAGUGUCUACUCAUUGCAGUCAGCAGAAAAGGCAAGUUGGAAGACCGGAAGCCCUUGAUGGUCUUAUUUGAAGAUGUUGCCAUGCAUUAUAUUCUGUCAGCUGCACAGACCGCUGAUGGAGGAGGCUUAGUAGAAAAACACUACGUCUUCCUAAAGAGACUCUGUCAGGUGUUGUGUGCAUUGGGCAGUCAGCUGUGCGCAUUGCUGGGAGAUGCUAAUGCACAAACCCCAGUGAACUUUGGAAAAUAUCUGGAAUCUUUUCUUGCUUUCACAACCCAUCCAAGUCAGUUUCUCCGCUCUUCAACCCAGAUGACCUGGGGAGCCCUCUUCAGGCAUGAGGUCCUAUCUCGAGAUCCUGUGCUGUUAGGAAUAAUACCGAAAUAUCUUCGUGCUUCUAUGACUAACUUGGUCAAGAUGGGCUUUCCUUCUAAGACAGACAGCCCUAGCUGUGAAUAUUCCCGGUUUGAUUUUGAUAGUGACGAAGACUUCAAUGCUUUCUUCAAUUCCUCCCGAGCCCAGCAAGGAGAAGUGAUGAGGUUGGUUUGUCGUUUGGAUCCCAAGACUAGCUUCCAGAUGGCUGCUGAGUGGCUAAAGUAUCAGCUGUCAAGUUCCAUUGACACUGGAGCUGUGAACUCCUGUUCUACAGCUGGAACUGGAGAGGGAGGCUUCUGCUCCAUCUUCUCUUCUUCAUUCGUGCAGUGGGAAGCCAUGACUUUUUUUUUGGAAAGUGUGAUCAACCAGAUGUUUCGAACACUAGACAAAGAACAAGUGCCUGUUAAUGAUGGGAUGGAGCUGCUGCAAAUGGUGGUGAACUUUGAGAUAAAGGACCCCCUCAUCCUGUCGUGUGUCCUCACCAAUGUCUCAGCCCUCUUCCCAUUUGUCACCUACAAGCCAGAGUUCCUGCCCCAGGUCUUUGCUAAGCUAUUUUCAUCUGUCACUUUCGAAACUGUCGAAGAAAGUAAGGCGCCCCGGACGCGAGCAGUGAGGAACGUGAGGAGACAUGCCUGUUCCUCCAUCAUCAAGAUGUGCCGGGACUACCCUGAGCUUGUGAUGCCCAGUUUUGACACACUCUAUAACCAUGUGAAGCAACUACUCUCCAAUGAGCUGCUUCUGACUCAAAUGGAGAAGUGUGCCCUCAUGGAAGCCCUGGUUCUCAUUAGCAACCAAUUCAAGAACUAUGAACGACAGAAGUUGUUCCUGGAGGAGCUGAUGGCACCAGUGGUCAGCAUUUGGCUUUCUGAAGAAAUGUGCAGAGUGCUGUCAGAUGUCGAUGCCUUCAUUGCCUAUGUGGGUGCAGAUCUCAAAGGCUGUGACCCGGCCGUGGAGGACCCCUGUGGCUUGAACCGAGCACGAAUGAGCUUUUGUGUAUAUAGCAUUCUGGGUGUUAUGAAGCGAACUUCCUGGCCUUCCGACAUAGAAGAAGCCAAAGCUGGGGGCUUUGUGGUGGGUUACACACCCAGUGGAAAUCCAAUCUUCCGCAACCCCUGCACAGAGCAAAUUCUGAAACUUCUGGACAACUUGCUUGCCCUUGUAAGAACCCACAAUUCUUUAUACACACCAGAAAUGCUAACCAAAAUGACAGAGCCAUUCACAAAAGCUCUGGACAUGCUUGAAGCCGAAAAAUCAGCUAUACUGGGAUUACCUCAGCCUCUCUUGGAACUCAAUGACCACCCCGUCUACAAAACAAUUUUGGAAAGAAUGCAGCGUUUCUUCAGCACCCUCUAUGAAAACUGCUUCCACAUCCUAGGGAAGGCAGGCCCUUCCAUGCAGCAAGACUUCUACACCGUGGAGGACCUCGCUACCCAGCUCCUUGGUUCAGCUUUUGUCAACUUGAAUAAUAUUCCCGACUAUCGACUCAGAUCCCUGCUUCGGGUCUUUGUGAAGCCUCUGGUACUCUUCUGUCCCCCAGAGCACUAUGAAGCCCUGGUUUCUCCCAUUCUUGGACCUCUCUUCACCUACCUUCACAUGAGGCUUUCCCAGAAAUGGCAAGUCAUCAACCAGAGGAGCCUGCUGUGUGGAGAAGAUGAGGCUACAGAGGAGAACCAAGAGUCUCAAGAAAUGCUGGAAGAACAACUGGUGAGGAUGUUAACCCGAGAAGUCAUGGACCUAAUCACGGCUUGCUGUAUAUCAAAGAAAAGUGGCGACCACAGUGCUGCUCCCCCUGCAGAUGGAGAUGAUGAUGAGAUGAUGGCCACAGAGGUAACCCCUUCACCUGUAGCAGAGCUCACAGACCUGGGCAAGUGUCUGAUGAAUCAUGAGGACGUCUGCACUGCACUCUUAAUCACAGCAUUCAACUCUCUGACCUGGAAAGAUACCCUGUCUUGCCAGAGGACAACCACACAACUCUGCUGGCCUCUUCUCAAACAAGUGAUGUCUGGAACCCUGCUCGCAGAUGCGGUCACGUGGCUCUUCACCAGCGUGCUGAAAGGUUUACAGAUGCAUGGGCAACACGAUGGGUGCAUGGCUUCUUUGGUCCAUUUGGCCUUCCAAAUCUAUGAGGCACUGCGUCCCAAGUACAUGGAAAUGAGAGCUGUGAUGGAGCAAAUCCCUGAGAUACAGAAGGACUCUCUGGACCAGUUUGAUUGCAAGCUGCUGAACCCUACCCUGCAGAAAGCCGCUGACAAGCGACGGAAGGACCAUUUCAAACGCCUCAUUGCUGGCUGCAUCGGAAAACCCUUGGGAGAGCAAUUCCGAAAAGAAGUUCACAUUAAGAAUCUUCCCUCGCUUUUCAAAAAACCAAAGCCAAUGCUGGAGACAGAAGUCCUGGACAGUGAGGGGGGUGGACUGGCCACCAUCUUUGAACCCUGAAUCAAGUUUUUGGGCAUCUUU